AUGAAUUUAAGGCUUCAAAGACAGUUACAUGCAUUUGACACGAUUCACUUAGAUCUGCCGAACAAUCUUGAGAAGAAGCCGCCCUUCUUCGCCGGUGCGGGCUCAACUGGAGCUUUAACCUCCUCGGGGGGAGCAACAGUCUCUUCUACUUCAGCAUCCUGGUCCUCAGAUGUGGGCUCAGCCUCUUCUACUUCAGCAUCCUGGUCCUCAGAUGUGGGUUCAGCGGCAUCGGCGUCCUCAUCGGAAUCGGCAUCAUCGUCUUCCACAGAAGCAUCAUCAUCCUCAUCGGCGGUGGCAUCGUCCUCCACGGCAGAGUUCUGA